GAAAUGUCUGAUGAGGAAAUCAAAGAAAAGUCAUUAGCUUCAGCUACAGCCUGUCUAGAAGGAAAGGCACCUAUGGAAAAAGCAGCAAUUAUUCACCAGCAUAUUGGUCGCAGAGAGAUGACAGAUAUGAUCAUAGAGACCAUAAAGUCCAAUCCAGAUGAGACAAAAGCUGCAAUGGAAGGAAGAAAAUCUUCAGAGGCUUCAUCUGUUGACGAUAAAAGUAAACGUGAUGGUCAAACUAAAGAAUGUGUUGAGGCUGCUCCAGACUCGCCAUCUAAGCAACUUCCUGACCAGAUUUCCUUCUUCAGUGGGAAUCCAUCAGUUGAAAUAGUUCAUGGCAUUAUGCACCUGUACAAAACAAAUAAGAUGUCCUCCUUAAAAGAAGAUGUAAGGCGCAGCGCCAUGCUGUGUAUUCUCACAGUCCCUGCUACAAUGACCAGUCAUGACCUUAUGAAGUUUGUGGCCUCAUUCUAUGAAGUAAUUGAACAUAUGAAAAUCAUCAGAGAUUCCACUCCAAACCAGUAUAUGGUGCUGAUAAAGUUUAGUACACAGGCUGAUGCUGAUAGCUUUUAUAUGGCAUGCAAUGGUCGACAGUUCAACUCUAUAGAGGAAGAUGUGUGCCAGCUGGUGUAUGUGGAGAGGGCUGAAGUCUUCAAAUCGGAAGAUGGAGCCAGCCUUCCCGUAAUGGAUCUGACGGAGCUGCCAAAGUGCACGGUGUGCCUAGAAAGAAUGGAUGAGUCUGUGAACGGGAUCCUUACCACGGUGUGUAACCACAGCUUUCAUAGCCAGUGUCUGCAGCGCUGGGAAGACACCACGUGUCCUGUCUGCAGGUACUGCCAAACACCUGAGCCAGUGGAAGAGAAUAAAUGCUUUGAGUGUGGAGUUCAAGAAAACCUUUGGAUUUGUUUGAUAUGUGGGCACAUUGGAUGCGGCCGUUAUGUGAGCCGGCACGCUUACAAACACUUUGAGGAGACUCAGCACACUUAUGCAAUGCAGUUAACCAAUCACAGAGUUUGGGACUAUGCUGGAGAUAAUUAUGUCCAUCGACUGGUUGCAAGUAAAACUGAUGGGAAGAUAGUUCAGUAUGAGUGUGAGGGGGAUUUGUGUCAGGACGAAAAAAUCGAUUCCUUACAGUUAGAGUACUCAUAUUUGCUUACAAGCCAGCUGGAAUCUCAGCGCAUCUACUGGGAAAACAAGAUAGUCCGAAUAGAAAAGGAUACAGCGGAAGAAAUUAACAACAUGAAGACUAAAUUUAAAGAGACCAUUGAGAAAUGUGACAAUUUGGAGCACAGGCUGAACAACUUACUUAAAGAGAAACAAUCUGUGGAAAGGAAGUGCGUUCAGCUGAAUAACAAGGUGGCCAAACUCUCCAAUGAGCUAAAGGAGGAACAGGAAAUGAACAAAUGUUUGCGAGCAAAUCAGGUCUUACUGCAGAACAAACUAAAGGAAGAAGAGAAGGUUCUAAAGGAAACUUGUGAGCAGAAGGACCUGCAGAUCACAGAGAUACAGGAGCAGCUGCGAGAUGUCAUGUUCUACUUAGAAACACAACAGAAAAUCAACCACCUCCCAGCUGAGACCAGGCAGGAAAUCCAGGAAGGACAGAUCAACAUUGCAGUGGCAUCUUCUGCAAGCUCACCAGCGGGGGGCAUGGGAAAGCCGCCUUCUAGGAGAGGCCGUAGCAAAAGGGGCAAGUGAGGAUUGGGACAAGCGGAUCGACCUUGCUGCAACCGGCCCCACUUCUGAAUGACCAGGCCCAAGUGUCGGGAUUCAAGCUGAAUGUUACGUUCAACACUAAAUACCACAUCCAAAUAAGGCUCAGCUAGAAGUUGUUUUCAGAGCUUUUCAUAAAGCUGGCUGCCAGCUAGUGGGGAAUCUACAGUAUUUAAAAGCAUUUCACUGCAUUAGCUAGCUAAUCAUAGGCAGAUUUUAAUCACCAUUUUGCCUUCCUACCUUAUCUAAGUCCCACUUCAUACAUUAUUUUCUCCUUGGAGAUUGUGUUCAGUUUUAGACGUGUCUGAAACACAAAACAAAUCUUGGAUCCCCUUAAAAGGACAUGACAGGGUAGGUUCAGCCCAAAGUUUUAAAGGUGGUUUUUUUUUUUUAAAGCCUCUUCCUACUAACCAAGAUCAGAAAUGCUCAUAUAAAUAAGAACUUUUAAUUGAAAACCUGAUUCAGUCCCCAUCCCACUUAGUGUGUGCAACCCAAACACUGCAGCAUUGUGCUAGUGCAGAAUUAGGAUAGGAAUAGAUGAGUUAGCAUGGACAAUGAAACGGAGUGACGUGUUUAAAAAUAAUAAACCAUGGUAAUGGUGUUGAGAAUUAAUGUGAUACUCAGUGCUGUAAGGGAGUCCAUUUUAAACAAUUAACCAGCUGUCCCCUUUGAAGGUGGUCUGGUGCAGUGCUAACAGCUUUAAAGUACAAGGGAUUGUGAAAUGAGUAUGCUAUGGAAAUAAUUGAACACAAUUAUUUAUAUGCAGUGUUGUAGCUGUGUUGGUCCCAGGUUAUUAGAGAGACAAUGUGGGAAAGGUAAUAUCUUUUAUUGGACCAACUUCUGUUGGUGAGAGAGACAAGCUUUUGAGCUUACGCGGAGCUUUUCCUCAGGUCUUGGUAAGCUUGAAAGCUUGUCUCACCAACAGAAGUUAAUCCAACGAAAGACAUUACCUCACCCACCUUGUCUCCAUAAUUAUUUAUAGGCAUUCCUACUAAUUAAAUAGGAACCAUGUAUACAAAGACUGGUACCUCUUGCAGACUAACAUUGUUACACUGUUCUGCUCUCUGAAGUAUACUUCUUGGAAUAAGA